AACAGCCUGGAUACUGUCCAGCUUGCAGACAUGUACAGUUUCAUGGGUGGCGGCCUAUUCUGUGCGUUCAUGGGGAACGUCCUGCUGGUAGUGUCGACGGCAACCGACUACUGGAUGCAGUACCGCCUGUCAGGCAGCUUUGCCCACCAGGGCCUCUGGAGAUACUGCAUUGCAAACAAGUGCUACAUCCAAACAGACAGCAUCGCCUAUUGGAAUGCGACCAGGGCGUUUAUGAUCCUGGCUGCGAUGUCGUGUUUCGCCGGUCUGAUUGCGGGAGCUCUCGCCUUCGCUCAAUUCAGCUUCUUUGAGAGGUUUAACCACACGCUUGCUGCUGGAAUCCUGUUCCUCAUCUCAAUGUUCCUGCUGCUCAUCGCGAUGGCUGUCUACACGGGAGUAACUGUUAACUUCCUUGGCAAGCGGUUUGGGGACUGGCGAUUCUCCUGGUCCUACAUCCUAGGCUGGGUGGCAAUGUUUCUCACCUUCUUUGCAGACUGGCUGGAUCUCAAACGGCCCUGUUGGAGGGAUGACGCCAAGGCUGAGAGAGGUGCGGAGGAGAGUCACCAGAACGGUCCCUGUUGA